UGCUACGGAGUGACAGUCGAACCGAUAUCAAUGCCAGUUUCUAUCAUUUGUGCGUUCAUGGUAUUGUAUUAACCACAAUCAGACAUUUUUAGUGGUGUUCAUUUGUUGUAAGUCAUGCGGCGGAGUAAGGUUGAAGUGGACCGCUACGUGUCCACAGUACUGAGCUCGUCUCCUUCACUCAAAGAGAAGCCAGUCAAAGGAUUUUUAUUUGCUAAAUUGUACUUUGAGGCAAAGGAAUAUGAAGCUGCUAAAAGACAUGUGUCAGAUUAUCUCAAAGUCCAGGAGAGGGAUCCAAAAGCACACAAAUUCCUUGGACAACUGUAUGAGAGAGAGGGAGACAUCAACAAGGCAGUAGGAUGUUACAAGCGGUCAGUAGAUUUAAACCCAGCGCAGAGAGACCUGGUGCUGAAGGUGGCUGAGUUGCUUGUGAGUAAAGCAGAAUGUGAUAGCAGAGCAGAGUUUUGGGUGGAGAAAGCUGCCAAGUUGUUGCCAGGAAACCCUGCAGUCUUCAACCUAAAGGAGCGUUUGUUGAGUCGUCAGGGUCAACCGGGUUGGAACCGAUUGUUUGACCUCCUCCAGGCAGAGCUGGCAGCAAGGCCAGCGGAUCCUCAUGUAAACGUGAAGUUGGUUCAGCUGUUCUGUCAGGAUGGACGGUUGGAUGAAGCCGUUAAGCACUGCCUGUCUGCUGAGAAAAAGGGCAUACUGAGCAACAGUCUGGACUGGCACACUGUUGUGUUGCACACACUGCAGGAGUAUCUAGCUCAGCCCAGUGUCACCAGUAAUGAGAAAAUGUGUCGGCAUCUCCAGAGAGAACUGCUGCUGGCCCACUGCAGCAUGCUGAGAAUCACACUGUCUGAGAGCAGUGUGCAGCCCAGCCUUGAUGCCCUCAGGAGUUUUGACCAAGCUAUGCAGAUGCUGAGCAGCACUGCUUGCUGCCACACGGACGACCUUUGUGAAGUGUUUGUAGAAAUGAGGGGUCACCUCUACCUGCAUGCUGCCACGCUGCUGUUGAAGCUGGCUCAAGAUCGCCAACACACAUGGAGGGCUGUCGUUGACUUGGCUGGACUAUGCUACCUGUUGGCAUACCAGGUUCCCAGACCAAAAGCUAAAGUGACCAAAAGAGACCAGUCAGCGCCACAGCUUCUGGAGCUCCUUGCCAACGAUCGUCAGAGUCAGGCGGGCCACAUGUUGUUAAAUCUGAGCACUGAUCCAACCACCUUGAUCAGAGAGGUGGUGGAGGCGUUUGGGAACCGGAGUGGUCAGGACUCGCUCUUUGAACUCCUGUUUGGACCACAGGCAUUCCCCGGCUCGUCCUUUAUUGCCAAUGAUGACAUUCAUUCCAUUAACGCUAUGGCUCCAGAGCUCCCUCAACUGGCCAAAUGGGAUGCUGGCUCCAUCCUGCUGCAUGGUGGUGACUUGCAGCAUCUCUGCUGGUUGGGACUACAGUGGACCCUCCUGGCCCAAAGACUUGCCCUACGGGACUGGCUACAGCAGCUCUUUCCAAGGCUUACUCUGGAAACUUCUAAACUGGACACCAACGCACCAGAAUCCAUCUGCCUGCUGGACUUAGAGGUGUUUUUAUAUGGUGUCGUGUUCUGUAGCCACUGUCAACUUCAGGAGACGGCAAAGAUCAGCAGUUCAGUGAACCAACAGCAGCAGCUCUUUGAGCCUCGCUGCCUUCCCCUUCCCCUUCUUCGCCUCUUGACCACUGACAGACAGAGGGAGUGGUGGGACGCCGUAUACAGCCUCAUUCACAAACGAGCAGCUCCUGGUAUGUCAGCUAAACUGAGGAUGAUUGUGCAACACGGACUAAGCUCUCUAAGGGCCGGAGAAAAACAUGGCCUCCAACCAGCACUGGCCAUCCACUGGGCUCAGUGUCUAAGCCAGACGGGUGAUGGAAUCAACUCGUACUACGACCAGAAGGAAUACAUUGGCCGCAGUGUCCACUACUGGAAAGCUGUACGUCCACUGCUGGAAAAGAUCAAAAACAGACGGAGUAUACCAGAACCACUUGAGCCCCUCUUCAUACACUUCCCCUCUAAAGAUACCCAGAUUUCUUCUGUGAAGGGUUAUGAAGAGGAGGCCACGGUAGCAUUUGCAGCUCUUCUUGACAUUGAAGGCAAGACAGAGGAGGCCAUUGCUACCUUGGAAAGCAUCAGUAACAUGUCAUCCAUCUGGCAUUUGGCACAGAUUUACCAGCGACUAUCAGAGGAGGCCAGCAAUGGUGUUGAGGAGACACAAGAUAGGUGUGUCACUUUUCUGAAAAAGUUCAGGACCUACCUGUCCAAGAUCUACAAUGGUAAUGCAGAGGAUAUUGAGAAGCUGCCUGUUUCCAUGGAGGAAAUUGUGGACCUCCUCAAUGAUGUGAACCAGCAGCUCGGGGAGAGUGGUGAGGCCAUGGAUGAAGAGGAGGAAAAAGAGGGGGAGGUUCAAAGAGGACCAGCACACUCCAGCCCCGCUACAGAAACCUCUGCCAGCAUAUCCCAUAUAAAGUUUUCCACUCCAUCUCCUAACAAAAGCAUCUCUCCUUCCAAAAGACACCUGAUUUCUCCCAAGACACAACCGCAUUGGGUGGAGGACCAGAAAAGUCUCCUCCAAAUGCUUUGUCAGCAAGUUGAAGCCCUCAAGAAUGAGGUUCACGAUCUGAGACACAACUCUUCAGGAAACGUAGACUCCCCACAUCACAAGCUGUAUGGGGAGAGCUACGGGGCUGAGGGCCUUCAGGAACCAUUUACGCCAGUCCAGUCCUACCAUGGGGCCCCUCUAACAGUUGCCACCACAGGCCCCUCUGUUUUCUACAACCAGUCUCCAGCUUACAACUCCCAGUACCUCCUACGCACAGCAGCAAAUGUAACCCCCACCAAGGCUCCAAUGUACAGUAUGAACCGUAUGCCACCACAGCAGCAUAUGUAUGCCUACCAGCAGCCCACUCAAACGCCUCCAUUGCAAACAGCCCCAGCCUGCAUUUACCCUCCUCAGGAACAGGCCUUUGGUGCCCCUCUUCGAUUUGAAUCACCAGCCACAAGCCUUCUUUCCCCAUAUAGUGAAGAAUACUAUGGCCAGAGUGUAACCCAACAAACCACUAACCCUCCGCUUCCAGAACCUGGCUACUUUACCAAGCCAUCAGUAGUCCCAGUUCAGCCACCAAAGAGCAUUGAAGGAAAGCCUAUAGACUUUGGUAAGCUCCCCUUUGGCCAACAGGCACCUGCUGAAGUCCCAAAAGUGCCUUGUUUUGGAGGAGCGCCAGUUUCUCAGUCAACACCUUCCACUGCUUUUAAAUUCAACUCCAACUUUAAAUCAAACGAUGGAGAUUUCAGUUUCUCAGCUUCCCAGGCCAAGCACAGUGAAAGUCUGCUUGGUCUUCUUACAUCAGACAUUCUCCCUAAAACUGAUACUGUUACUGACAGUAACAAGCCUCAAGUCGAAGAGCAGCCCCCCAACCAAACAGGCAUCUUCACAUUUGGAAAUAAAAACAUCGGUGGCUUCUCCGUUGUAGAUUCUGCUCAGAGCACAGGCACUGGAAAUCUGUUUGGAAACAUGGAGCAGCCAUUUACAUUUGGGGAUGUUAACAAGCCAUUGUUUGGGGUUGCCCAGUCUACAGCAGAGGAGGAGAGAGCAGCAGAGAGUGAUAAUGACAGUACUCAUGUGGAGGAGGAUGAAGAUGGUCCUCACUUUGAACCCAUUGUACCGCUUCCUGACAAAGUAGAUGUCAAAACGGGUGAGGAGGAGGAGGAGGAAAUGUUUUGCAACAGGGCAAAGCUGUUUCGUUUUGACACAGAGACAAAAGAGUGGAAGGAGCGGGGCAUUGGCAAUGUUAAAAUCCUGAAACACAGCAUUAAAGGGAAGGUCCGUCUCUUAAUGAGAAGGGAGCAGGUCCUUAAGAUCUGUGCAAACCACUACAUUACUUCUGAUAUGUUACUAAAACCGAAUGCCGGCUCUGACAAAUCCUGGGUCUGGAAUGCCAUUGAUUAUGCAGAUGAAGAGCCUAAGCCUGAACAGCUGGCUAUCCGCUUCAAAACAGUAGAUGAGGCAUCACUUUUCAAAGCCAAGUUUGAGGAAGCCCAGGCAAUUUUACUCGAAUCGCCUGUAAAGCAACAUCAACAAGAUGAGAAAGAGGAAACCCUGAAAAAUCCAGUUUCUUUGGCUGCCCAGUUUGCUCUUAAAGAAGGGCAAUGGGAAUGCGAUGUGUGCUGUGUAAGAAAUAAUCCGACAGAUAUGCAGUGUGCUGCUUGUCAAAGUGCAAAUCCCAACUCUUCAUCAAAGCCAGACAUUCAGGCUGCUGGUGAAUCCAAAACCAGUCCUUUUACUUUCAAAUUCGGGACUGAUGCGUCCAAACCAAAUAGUUCUAGUUCUACAUUUACAGGAUUCGGUGGGUUUGGAGCUUCUGUGCCCUCCUCAUUUACAUUUGGCACCACCACCUCAAAACCCACUGACACAGUAAGCAAUGCAUUUGGCUCUGCCUUUGUGGCUCAGUUUGGCAAGAAACCUGAACAGUGGCACUGUGACUCAUGCUCUACAAGAAACGAUGUAUCUGCAGAUAGUUGUGUGUCUUGUAAAGUUGCUAAAGUUUCACCUAAAACAACUACCACAACACAAACGGCACCAGCUGCAGUACAGUCCUCUUCAUCCACUGUAGUGUCUGAGUUUUGUUCCCAAUUUAGCAAGAAGCCUGGACAAUGGGACUGUGAUGUAUGCGUAGUAAGAAAUGAGGCCUCUGUUGACAAAUGUGUUGCCUGUCAAAGCCCCAACCCUGCAACUACAGUUACAUUUAAUCCACCAACAAUUUCAGGAUUUGGAGCUGAUUUUGCAAAAAAUGAUGGCCAAUGGGACUGCAACACCUGUCUGGUCAGAAAUGAUGCAUCAGUUACUCAGUGCAUUGCCUGCCAUGCUCGUCAUGAAGCUCCCUCUUUAGGAGCAAUGUUUGGUAAGAAGGAUGGAGAAUGGGAUUGUGACACUUGUUUGGUGAGAAACAAAACCUCUGCCAGUAACUGUGUGUCCUGUCAGACACCAAAUCCUAAUGCUAAAAGCACAACCAGCAUUGCUCCUUCAGCCUCCUCUUUCAGCUUUAGCUUUGGAACAAAAAGCUCAUCAAACCAGCCUGCUGGAACUGGGUUUACUGUGCCCUUUGAGACUGGCAACACGUUUCAGUUUGGUCAAAAUAAAGAUAAAGGUUCAGCUGCUUCUUUUAAGUUUGAAGCGCCUCAGGCAGGAUCUAGUGCUAAAAGUCCAUCAGGCUUUUCGUUCUCAAUGCCUAAUCCAGCUGGUGGCUUUAAGUUCGGUAUUCAGGAACCUGAAAAAGAAAUUGCCUCCACUGAUAAUCAAAUACCUCCAUCAGGAUCAGCCUCCAAUUUUCUAAAAAGCAUAGCUGACGAACACAAGGCAAAAGAAAAUUUGUCUUUGACCUCAGUGGGCCAAACAGAGCAAGAUCAAAAUCCAUUAGUUGCAGGAGGGGCAAAUGGAUUCAGCUUUGCAGACUUGGCACAGUCAUCUGAAGGAGACUUCAAGUUUGGUCAGAAAGACCCUGAUUUCAAAGGGUUCUCUAGGGCCGGAGAACAGGUGUUCUCAUCAUUAAAAGCAACCCCCGCAAAGACUGACGCCACAAAUGAACUGGAGGAUGAUGACAUGUAUAAAACAGAAGAAAAUGACGAUAUACAGUUUGAACCAGUGGUCCAGAUGCCUGAUAAAGUUGACCUGGUGACUGGUGAGGAAGAUGAACAGGUUCUUUACUCCCAGCGUGUCAAACUGUUCAGAUUUGAUGUAGACACCAGUCAGUGGAAAGAGCGUGGUGUAGGAGUCCUUAAAUUCCUGAAGAACAGCAGUAAUGGCAGGCUAAGAGUGCUAAUGAGAAGAGAGCAAGUUCUAAAGGUGUGUGCCAACCACUGGAUCACCACCACCAUGAAUCUUAAGCCCUUAGCAGGCUCAGACAAAGCAUGGAUUUGGAUGGCUAACGACUUCUCUGAUGGAGAUGCUAAACUUGAACAGUUGGCUGCUAAGUUCAAAAGCCCUGAGCUUGCUGAGGAGUUUAAGGAAAAAUUUGAAGAAUGUCAGAGACUACUCUUGGACAUCCCCUUGCAAACCCCCCAUAAGCUCGUUGACACAGGCAGAACAGCACAUCUCAUUCAGAAAGCAGAGGAAAUGAAGUCAGGGUUGAAAGACCUGAAAUUCUUUUUGACAGAGGAGAAAACAAAGAUCAAAGAUGACGACAACCAGGAUGAUAUUACUACAUCCAGCAAUGUUUCAAGCCUUGUGAUAAAGCCUCACGGUGAAACCACCGGCCCCACCUUGGAAUGGGAUAACUAUGACCUUAGAGAAGAGGCUUUGGAUGAUACCGCUGACUCAUCAGUCUAUGCCUCUCCCCUCGCCAGCAGCCCCCUGAGAAAGAACCUUUUCCGCUUUGGUGAGUCCACUAGUGGGUUCAACUUCAGCUUCCAACCUGGCAUUAGCCCCUCCAAGUCUCCUGCUAAGCUUAACCAGAGCAGAAACUCAGUGGGCACUGAUGACGAGCAGGAUUCAAUCCAGGAUGAGGAAAAGGAUGGCCAGUACUUUGAACCUGUGGUGCCAUUGCCUGAUCUGGUGGAUAUUUCUACAGGAGAAGAAAAUGAACAGGUGGUCUUCAGUCACAGGGCCAAACUGUAUCGCUAUGAUAGGACAUUGUCUCAAUGGAAGGAGAGGGGUAUUGGAGACCUCAAGAUCUUGCAGAACUAUGAUACCAAGGGAGUGAGGUUAAUAAUGAGGAGGGACCAGGUACUUAAGAUCUGUGCCAAUCACUGGAUCACUGCAGCCAUGAAACUAGAACCUAUGAAAGGUGCAGAGAAGGCCUGGGUCUGGAGUGCGUUGGACUUUGCUGAAUCAGUAGAAGGCAACAUUGAGCAGUUGGCUGUGAGAUUCAAGCUCCAAGAAACGGCAAACACAUUCAAGCAAGUUUUUGACGAGACUAAGGUAGCACAAGAAAAAGGGGAACUAAUGACUCCUGUGACAUCCAGUGUUGCCUCUCCUCGAGACAGUGGAUCCAUAGAACCAGCAAAGCCUGCUUCAACUAUUUGUGGGAAAGCAGCUAUUGCUGUUCUGGAAGAGACCACCAAGGAACGUACUGAGCUUUCUCCUGAAUCUGAGCUAUGUGCAGCUGGGUCGCCAAGUCAAGUAAACCCCUCAAAGACAACAGUGGUGUCCCCUCCUAAGUUUGUCUUUGGCAUUAGUAACCUUCAGAAGAUAUUUGGAUCUCCUAGAUUUUGCUCUGAGACUGAGGAAUCUGCAUCCUGUGUAAAGGCAAAAGAGUCUGAACCGUCUGCCAAGGCUAUAGCACCUGCAUUCAAAAUCCCAGAAAAAGGGCUGGAUUUUAGGCUUUUCAAAGAUAAUCCAAUGGCUUUUUGGACCAGCUCAUCAACCACCCAAUUUGAACCCCCAGGAGCACCUCGGGCAGAAGGAGGCAGUGCAGGGUCAGAUGAGGACUCAGAGGUGGAGGUUGUGUAUGUCAGAGAACCUACAGCUGAACAGGCUGCUUUAGCAAGAAAGCUCUUGCUGCCUCUUACCUUCUUCUGCUACCAGAAUGAACCAGGCUACAUAAGUGACGAUCAAAGUGAUGAUGAGGACUAUGAGUCAGCUGUAAAAGCCUUAAAUGGAAAGCUGUACCCUGACCCUCCUGAGAAAAAGGCUGCAGCAUGUGGUGAUGAGCAAGACUGCCAGGUGGUGUGGGAGAAGAAGCCAACGCCAGAGGAGGAGGAGAAGGCGAAAAGCCUCCAGCUGCCACCCACCUUCUUCUGCGGCCUGAGCACCACUGACAGUGACCCGGACCCCGACAAACCUGAAGACUUUGAGACAGAGGUCCGCAAGGCACAGCAAGACUUGGACGCUCAGUUAAACCAAACUGAAAAGACCCCGAUCAGCACUUCAGUUGACCAAGAAGAAGAGCCAAGUGCAGGUCCAUCUUCCAGCAGCACAGAAGCUACAGGCAGCACAGAAGCUACAGGCAGCACAGAAGCUGCAGGCAGCACAGAAGCUACAGGCAGCACAGAAGCUGCAGGCAGCACAGAAGCUACAGGCAGCACAGAAGCUGCAGGCAGCACGUCUAGACCAAAAGAACAGACGUCAGACCAGCCAACAGAGACUCGGAAUGAUGCUCCCAGCAGCAGCUCUCCCAUUGACCUGUCGACUAAAAAGAGCCCAGAGCCGGACUCCAACAGUGAGACUACAGCUGUAGCUUUGACCGCUCCAACAGCUAGUCAAGAUUCCUCAAACUUUGGCUUUAACUCUUUUGGAGGCUUCUCGUUUGCUGAAUUGGCUCAAAACACUGAUGGAUUUGCAUUUGGAACAAAAGGAGAUACUGACUUCUCAUGGGCAAACGCUGGGGCUACAGUAUUCCGUUCUGUGGUGCCAAAAGCCCCAAAAAACAAUGGAGAUGAGGAUGGAAGUGAUGAGGAGGAGGCUCCUAAUGAAGUGGACAUUCACUUUGAGCCAAUAGUAUCACUACCAGAGGUGGAGACAAAGUCUGGAGAGGAGGACGAGGAAAUCCUGUUUAAGGAGCGCACCAAGCUGUACCGGUGGGACCGAGACCUAGGUCAGUGGAAGGAGCGAGGGGUCGGUGACAUCAAGAUUCUCUUCCAUCCUGAUAAACGUUUCUACCGUAUCCUGAUGAGAAGAGAGCAGGUGUUCAGAGUUUGUGCCAACCACACUAUUACACAGGCGAUGGAACUUAAACCCAUGAACGCCUCAGCCAACGCACUGAUCUGGAUUGCCACCGACUACUCAGAUGGCGAUGCAGUAGUGGAGCAGUUGGCAGCCAAGUUCAAAACCCCUGAGAUAACCCAAUCCUUCAAGAAGACCUUCUGCGAGUGUCAGAGUCGCAUAGGCAGUGCUGAUGGUGAUGCCUCAUGUAUCUCCUCACCUCAGAUGUCCAGAAUUCAAGAGCACUCCAGAGACACUAACCCACAGGUUUUCUUCAAAGUGGAAGCUGAUGGCCAACCACUUGGCACAAUCAACAUAGAGCUCUUUUCCCAUAUUGUCCCCAAGACGGCUGAAAACUUCAGGGCUCUCUGCACUGGCGAGAAAGGAUUUGGCCUUCGGGCUUCCAUCUUCCAUAGAGUCAUACCAGACUUCAUGUGUCAGGGCGGUGACAUCACAAACAGUGAUGGCACAGGAGGCAAGUCCAUCUACGGCAGCAAGUUUGAAGAUGAAAACUUUGAUGUCCGGCACACAGGCCCAGGCAUUCUGUCGAUGGCCAAUCGUGGACGCGACACCAACAACUCCCAGUUCUUCAUCACACUGAAGAAAGCCGAACACCUGGACUUCAAACAUGUGGCUUUCGGUUGGGUUUGUGAAGGAAUGGAUGUGUUGCAACGGAUGGGAGAGCUGGGCACAAAAGGAGGCCCCCCCUCAAAGAAGCUUGUCAUCACAGACUGUGGACAGCUGUAGCCUGUCACAUGUUUAGCUCAAGAUUUACAGCUUUGUUUAGGUGAUAAAAUGAUGUAAUGAUGUGACUCCUGUGCAGUACUUAACCACCUGCUGCAACUAAACAACUAGUGAAUAGACAAUUGAGAAUAAAACCCAGGACACGGGUCUAGUGAUCAAAAUGAUACAUCAUAAAAGUGUGGUUCCAUUAGCAUGGAGUAAGAAACUAUUUUUGCUAUCCCAUAACCUAGUAAUAGAAGAGAAACAUGGCACAGUAUGUGUGAGGAGGUCAAUGUACUUUUGCUGUGUUGCACUUGCAUCUUUAUCAUCUGUCAAUAAAUUUUCAUGAUAUGUUUAUUUUGUGUAUAGAUGUACAUUGACUUUUUAAAAUGUUGUUCUUUUGUCUUACAUGUGUUCAAUUUAAAUGUGCCGGUUCUCUUCUUGUUUGUUUUUUUCCUAAAAAGUCUCGUCUAUAAUUUCAAGGUGACACUGUUAUUUGAAUGCACCUAGAUUUGUACCCAUGGCCCUGCCUUCUCCCCGAGUACUGCUUCAGUCCUUUUUAUUGUUCCCUUGUGAUUUUUCUUUGUGUAAGUGGAUUUCACGAUGGCCCUACUCAGAUUGCCGUUUUAAGGCACUUUUGUGGAAACGCAGUAUGCAAAGUGCUAAUGUGCUUACCUCCCCAUAUUCUGGAGUUAUGUCACUGUGUUGCACGGAGGGAAGGUGGGUGUAAAUUAUCUAUAUCUGGUGCUUGUACCAAAAUAAUUUGACAAAAUAAAGUACAAAUAAAGUUGCUUUACAGGUAA